UAUAAAAAAUCUUUGAUGGUUUACAUGAUCGUUUAGAAGUAUUUUUAAGAGGUAUUUCAAUGAAUAUUUAUGGUUUAAAUUAAGAAAAUAGCGGAAUGGGGGAACUUCCGGUUUUGGCGCGUCACUUCCGGUUUGCUAUUUCCGGUUUCCAUGCUAGACAGGCGGCAUGAGGGAUCUGACAGGCUGGUCUCAUCUUUGUUAAUCCACCUUGGAGUGCAUAACAAGCAAUGCCUUUUCACCAUCUGAAGAGGAAAAUUAAACUUCCAAAACUUCUCCUGUGGUUCUUCUUCAAUGGUUUAACUAAGUGUCACAUCAAGGACAUAACAGUGAAAAGGCAGCAUUCGGUGCUUCAUCGUGGUCAAAAUGGCAGCCAGCAACAGAUCCACAGCAACUGGGUCCAACAGCUCUUCAUCGUCAUCUGUAAAAAGCGCUGCACGUGCACGAGCUAAAGCAGAAGCAGCUAAGGUGAGAGCAUCAUAUGCAAGCAAAGAAGCACAGCUAAAAGUAGAAAAAGCAAUAAGUGAAUUGGAAAAAUUGAAAAUUGAUGCAGAGCUACAAGUGCUAACGCUAAAAAGAGAGGCAGACGCUGCAGUAGCUGAAGCAGAAGUACUAGAGGAAGCAGAAGCAAUACAAGACGGAAUUGAGAGCAGAAGAUCAGUAUCAGACAGAAUAAAAAGAGAAAGAACAAAUGAAUAUGUACAGUCUCAAAUGGACUUUAGGAAGCCCCAAGACCCCCCACCAGUGCCAACAACCUACCAGCAAAAUGCACUCUCACCUGACACAUUCAUCACCUGGCACUCACCUAAAGAUAAUGUUUCAGACUCAGAGCCACCACCCAGCAGUAAACCACAGCUCAAUAACUACCAUGCAACUUUGCCUAUUCAAAGUACAACUGUCCCUCCUAAAGUCGAAGCUAAACCAAAAGUUGAACAACAAAGAACGCUCUCAGCCCAUUUUCCAGCCCAUUCACGCCUCACUACAAUACACCUGCGAGCAUGUCACAUCCCGCUGAGCCAUUUGCACAAUACAUGGCACGUCGUGACUUAAUCACUUCAGGUCUCUACCAGUAUGAUGACAGGCCAGAGAAUUUCAGAGCAUGGUACUCCUCAUUCACUGGUGCAACAGCAGAGGUCCAUCUCACACCAACUCAAGAGCUCGAUCUCAUGACAAAAUGGUUGGGAAAAGAGUCAAGCAAUCAGGUCAAACGCAUUCGCUCAGUACAUGUCAAUAACCCCGCAAUAGCUCUGCAGAAGGCAUGGGAGAGACUUCAUGAGUGUUACGCAGCCCCUGAAAUAAUUGAAAAAUCACUCUUUCAAAGACUGGACAGUUUUCCCAGAUUAACCGUAAAAGACAAUAUAAAGCUGCGAGAAUUAGGGGAUCUGUUACAAGAGAUCCAAGGCGCCAAGGAGGACGGAUACCUCCCUGGAUUGUUCUAUCUAGACACUUCUCGGGGAAUUGGACCAAUCGUCGACAAACUCCCAUACAGCCUCCAAGAGAAAUGGAUGUCUCAAGGCUCACAGUACAAAGACGACAAUCAUGGCCGUUUUCCACCCUUUGACUUCUUCUGUAGGUUCAUAUGCAGAGAGGCAAAGAAACGCAACGAUCCAAGUUUCAACCAACAAAUUAGCCAAACGCAUUUGAAACAAGAAAGACCCAACCUAAAGAACUUCACUUCUGCCAAACCAAUAGCUGUGCACAAAACAAAUAUUACACCCCCCAACAAGGACAUUAACAAGAACUGCCCACUACACAACAAACCUCACCCCCUUAAGAAAUGCAGGACAUUCAGGAACAAACUACUGGACGAAAGAAAGGCCUUCCUCAAAGAGAAAGGAAUCUGCUUCAAGUGCUGCUCUUCAGACACUCAUCUCGCCAAGGACUGUAAAUCUACAGUAAAGUGCUCUGAAUGUGAUAGUACAAGUCACGACACAGUUAUGCAUCCUGGACCUCCACCACAAAUUAACAUGGCUCCUAACCCUGGUCAAGAGGACGGCGGGGAGGGAGAAAGCUCUGACAGCAUUGCGGUAACUACAAGCUGCACAGAAGUGUGCGGUCCAGGUCAGUGGGGUCGUUCUUGUUCUAAAAUAUGUCUCGCUCAGGUGUACCCUAAAGGUUAUAAAGACAGUGCAGUUAAAGCUUAUGUUAUCCUUGACGACCAGAGCAACCGCUCCUUAGCUAAGCCUGAGUUCUUUGAACUGUUUAACAUUAAAAACGAGCCUGUUUGCUUCAACCUGAGAACCUGCUCUGGCCUUGUUGAAACAUGGGGCAAAAUGGCUGAAGGCUUUCAGAUUGAGUCUUUAGAUGGGUCAGCGAUAAUCCCGCUGCCUCCUCUUAUCGAAUGUCAAGAUAUCCCCAAUAAUAGAAGUGAAAUCCCAACUCCAAGCGCUGUACUGCACCAGCCACACCUUCGGUCCAUAGCAAAGUACAUUCCAGAGCUAGACCCGAACGCAGAAAUACUCCUGCUACUAGGAAGAGACGUUUUACGUGCACACAAAGUCAGGGAACAAGUCAAUGGCCCUCAUCAUGCACCCUUUGCCCAGCGCCUAGAUUUAGGGUGGGUUGUAAUCGGGGAAGUGUGUGUAGGUAACGUCCAUAAGCAAACAGUUAGCUCAUUCAAGACAGUCAUUCUCGAAAAUGGCCGCCCAACAGUUUUUGGACAAUGUGAUAACUUUCUGCUACUCAAAGGAAUGCCACACGCAAACAGGCCCAGCAAAGCCCCUGAGCAAACUCUGGGAAAGUCUGUUUUUAACCACACUGAAAAUGACAAUAAGCUAGCUCCCUCCAUAGAGGACACUCUCUUCUUAGAGAUAAUGGACACAGGCAUGUACAGAGAUGAUGAUAAUAGCUGGGUCGCCCCUCUUCCCUUUAAAGAGCCUCGCCAGCAAAUGCCAAACAACAGAGAGCUAGCAGUCAGUCGAUUUACUUCCCUAAAACGAAAUAUGCAAAGGAAACCCCACAUGCAGCAACAAUAUGUGGAGUUUAUGGAGGGUGUUUUCUCCCAUGGCCAUGCCGAAGUAGCCCCUGCACUAAAGCAAGGGGAAGAGUGCUGGUAUCUUCCAACAUUCGGGGUUUAUCACCCUCAAAAGCCCAACAAGAUCAGGGUAGUUUUCGAUUCCAGUGCCCAGCACUCCGGUGUCUCACUCAAUAAUGUGCUCCUUACCGGCCCCGAUCUAAAUAACAGCCUCAUCGGGGUGCUCCUUCGUUUCCGUAAAGAAACUGUCGCGAUAAUGGCUGACAUACAGCAGAUGUUUUACUGUUUCAUGGUACGUGAGGACCAUCGCAACUACCUCCGUUUUCUGUGGCACGAGGACAAUGACGUUGACAAGGAAGUCAUUGAUUAUCGAAUGAAAGUCCACGUGUUUGGUAACUCACCAUCUCCCGCAGUAGCUGUUUAUGGAUUGCGCAAGGCCAUUCAGGCAGGAGCAAAGGACUAUGGGGCUGACACAGUCAAGUUUGUGGAAAGGCACUUUUACGUCGAUGAUGGCCUGAUCUCUGUGCCUUCUCCAGCUGAAGCAAUCGACUUGCUCCAAAGAACUCAAGCCUCACUUGCUGAGUCCAACCUCCGCCUGCACAAGUUUGCUUCCAACUCACAGGCAGUCAUGCAGGCAUUCUGCCCUGAAGAUUGUGCAGCAGUUGUUAAAGACCUAGAUCUUGGUGGCGAAGAAGCUCAAUCACAGCGAAGUCUAGGUCUCAUUUGGGAAACAAUGACGGACACUUUCACCUUCUCAGUGGCCACCACAGACAAGCCAUUCACUCGGCGCGGUGUCCUGUCAUCUGUUAAUAGUGUCUUCGAUCCUUUGGGCCUAUUAGCACCAGUCACUAUCCAAGGAAGGGCUCUUCUCAGAGAACUCACUUCAGAAACAUCAGAUUGGGACACACCACUUCCAGAAGACAAGCUAAGCAAAUGGGAAGAUUGGAGAAAUUCCCUCAAAGACUUAAAAGAUCUCCAUGUCCCAAGAACGUACACAUCUACCUCUCUCAGUCAGGCAAAACACAAAGAACUGUGUCUAUUUUCAGACGCUUCAACCAAAGCCAUUGGCGCUGUAGCCUACUUAAAAACAGUGCAUCAAGAUGACAAAGUUGGCAUCGGAUUUGUCAUGGGCAAGGCAAGACUAGCCCCCCAAUCAGAACCUACUAUACCAAGACUUGAACUGUGCGCUGCCGUCUUGGCUGUAGAAAUGGCCGAUCUGAUUCAGGAUGAGCUGGAUGUUCAGUUUGACGCUGUUCACUUUUACACCGACAGUAAGGGUAGUCUUGGGCUACAUCUGCAAUGAAUCAAAGAGAUUCUACACUUAUGUUCACAACAGAGUGCAGCGCAUUCGUCAGUCAUCAAAACCAAAACAGUGGCACUACGUGCGCACCGAGGAAAACCCAGCAGACCAUGCAUCACGCUCGCUAACAGCAACGCAACUA